GAUGGCGGCGGGCGGCGGCUCCGCCAGCAUCGUCGAGUUCUUCGGCGGGGAGGAUGGCUACCGCUGCGGCUACUGCAGGAGCGACACCGGCAACCUGUCGCACGGUAUGUGGGCACAUUCGAUGACAGUUCAAGAUUACCAAGAUCUCAUUGACAGAGGAUGGCGAAGAAGUGGAAAAUAUGUCUACAAACCUAUCAUGAAUCAAACAUGUUGUCCUCAGUACACAAUAAGGUGCCGGGCUUUGCAUUUUCAGGCCUCCAAGUCCCACAAGAAGGUUCUGAAGAAAAUGUUGAAAUUUAUUUCCAAAGGAGAUGUUUCGAAAGUAGCGAGUGAAGAAGAGCCGAUGGAUGCCCAUAUAGAUGAUGUGGCCACGUGUGAUUUUCCAUACAAAAACGAGUCUCAGGUCAGUCAGUCUGAACUGACUCCCUUGGCUGUGGAUCACUCUGAGAGGGUGGAGGAUGAAGAUAAGGACUCAGGAGAAACAAAAGAAGAGGGGAAUGUGCCGAAGGUGGAAUUGGAUUCUGUUCAGAUCUGUACAGACAAAGACACAUCACUCCCUGCAGAACCAUCACAUUCAGCUAAAGCUGUUCAUGCACCACCUAAGCCAGGGAAAGGGGCUGACCUGAGCAAGCCCCUGUGUCGGAAAGCAAAGGACAUAAGGAAAGAGAGAAAACUGCAGAAGCUCCUGCAGAACCAGAUGGGCACAGUAGAAGGCUCUCAACUUCAAGGAGAUCAAGCUUUCCUCUUGCAAAACUCUAAAUCUAAAACAAACCAGCCUAAAAACAUUGAAGACUUUAUUUUUGUCCCUCUACCUGAUGAUGCACAACACAAAUUAGAGGUGAGGUUAGUACCUGUCUCCUUUGAGGACCCCCAGUUCAAAUCAUCCUUCAACCAAUCUGCCACUUUAUUUGCCAAGUAUCAGAUGUCUGUGCACAAGGACACACCUUCUGACUGUGGGGAGAAUGAGUUCACACGAUUCCUCUGUGAUUCCCCUCUGGAGGCAGAGCAUGCCCCCAGUGGGCCGGAAUGUGGCUAUGGCUCCUUCCACCAGCAAUACUGGCUGGAUGGGAAGAUAAUUGCUGUUGGAGUAAUUGAUAUCCUGCCCUACUGUGUGUCCUCAGUCUAUCUGUACUACGACCCAGACUUUUCUUUCUUAUCUUUGGGAGUCUACUCUGCGUUAAGGGAAAUUGCUUUUACUAGACAGCUUUAUGUAAAAGCUCCCGAUCUCUGUUUUUAUUAUAUGGGUUUCUACAUUCAUUCAUGCCCCAAAAUGAGAUACAAGGCUCAGUACAGGCCCUCUGACCUGCUGUGUCCAGAGACCUUCAUGUGGACACCCAUUGAGCAAUGCCUGCCCCUGCUCGAGCACUCCAAAUACUCCCGCCUCAACCAGGAUGGAAAAGCAGAGGAUGAAGGUCGCCUGAAGGAGCUGGGCAGGGUGAGAGUGCUCCACAAGAGAACCGUGAUGCCUUACAGCGUGUACAAGAAGAGGAGGAAGGGGCCGAGUGACGAGGCCAGCGUUCAGCAGUACGCCAGCCUGGUGGGACAGAGCUGUUCAGAGAGAAUGCUCUUGUUCAGGAGCUGAAAUCCCAUGAGAUGGCCUUUCAAUGGCGCUCCAUUUCAUUGCACUGCCACUGGGUGAUCUGUACCAUAGCUGUGUGCUGCUGUGCCCACUGAGACAGGCUGAAGCACAGCUAUAUAGCCAGGCUUGUGUCAAUACAUGGUACUGUGUGUCAAGGCCAACUCCAGUCAAUCUUACAGUACAGCAAGGCUUUAGCAAUACCAGUCUAGAAAAACACGCUUGCAGUAUAUUUUAAUUAAGUAGUUCUAGCCUUUCUAUGCAUUAUGAAUAAUUCUAAGUAUCUAAGCAAAAUGUAAAACAGGUGUCUUUUUUUUUUUUUCUUUUUUUGUAGAGAUGAAGGUUGAUUAAAUCUAGAAUAAGAAUCAUUAAAUUACAGAUAUUUUCAAAUAGCACCUUGGAUAUCUAUCCAGUUGUUAAAAGUUGCUGUGAAAUUUGUGCUUGCAUUUGUAUGCUCCUAAAAUCUUGCAAGAGAACUGAAACGUGCUACUACUUUCCAGCAUGAUGCAAUUUUAUUUCAGCAGUACGUUUAGAAAAACAGGAAGAAAUUAUUUUCACUGCACAUUCUGCAUUUGUUUAAAGCAGUAAGUUGGUGUCAGAGGUCCUAGUGAGUGUAGGAGUUUGAGGUAGGUUCUCAGUGGCAGGGGAUGCAGUGCUUUGGAAAACUUUCCCCUUCAGAGAAGAAGCAGAACAGUUGCACUAUAAAUAUACCAAAGAUAUGCAGCCAAGUGGCACAGUGGUUUUUGGUAUAAGCCUUAUCCUUUGUCUAACAAGAGUGGGUAAUUCAAUGGCUAAUGUGAAAUAGAGCUGGGGAGGUUUAUCCUGCAGCUCUCGGUGCACAUUUCAGAACUAUGCUAACAAAAAAGAGACAUAAGGUACUACUGCUGGGUUUUGUUGCAGGUGCUUUUUUUUUCUGCACAAUUGUACAGGAAGACUUCAAUACCAUAUUCCAGCUUUUUUACUGACUGUUUUGUUUCUGGUGCAGCAGCUCACGGGUUAACAUCUUUAAUAACAUUAUAGUAAAUACUUUUGUUGGAAACACAGGAAGUUGUGAUCCUUUAUGAAAGCACUUUAUUAUCUCGUAGAUGAACGUUGUCUGUGUCCCUAUUAAGUCAUAUAAGUUGGAGGAAUUUGGGGAAAUAACACUGUUGUAUAAUUCAGUAAUGUAUUACAACAUUGUAACAUUACCAGUGCAUUUGUGUUUCUUAUCUUCAUGGAUAACAGGGGCUGGUAUUUACCUUGAAUCAACUUGGAGUUUCCUGUUAGCCUUUAACAAAGAUUCUUAUUCAAGGAUAUGUGGGUGGUUUUCCCCCAGCAAGGAAACAAAUUCAGUUUUACCCUCUAAGGAUUACAUCUCCUGACAUUCAUGGAUCCAUUGAUCUAAUUUUAAACACUUGGCCAAUAUUAUUAAUCAUUAAUUUUUAUGUGGAGCAGACGUAAGAACUUGGGGAAUCAAGUGCAAUGCAGAUAUAACUUUGUUUUUCCAUAUCUGUUUGAUAUGGAAUUAGUGUAUAUUGUAAUAUUAUUGAUAGUAAGCAUCAAUAGCAACUUUAAAAAGUCAUUUUAUGUUUUAUUAAUUGGGCUGUAUAGUAUUGAUCUACUCCCAAUCUGCAGCAGAAGUAGUCAUUCACGUCAGCAUCAUAUCUGGUAUGUGUUUAUCUGUUGCCUGGUACUGAGAAGUUUCUUUGCACUGUAUCUUGUAGUUUGUCCAUGCCUUACCUCAGCCUCCUGCCAUGGGGAGAACCACUAAAUAAUCCUCAUGAAGAUUAUUAUGAAGAAUUCCUUUCUGUGAAGAAAAUACUUAUACCACUCUGUCAAACAGUGUAACAUUUUCUGCCUACACAAUGUGCUGAAAAGCGGUGAUGCCCAUAUGGCUUGCAACCAGAAUAAAUGAGAAAACCUUCUUACGUGAUAUAAAAUUGGUUAACAGGCACGGAGGAAUUUCACUAUGAAUUGCAAAAUCUUAAAGGUUAUCAAAGCCAUUUAAUGACAGCCUUGCUGAGCUCCUGGAGAAGUUAAACUUUCUGUUAAAUUUCAAGGGAGCAGACUUAAUGUCCCCACUGAGAGUUCCUGGAGAGCUCCAUCUCUUUGUGCCUGUGUUUGUUACUGAUAUGCCUUGGAUUAGGCUUUUAUCUGAUGCUCUUUCUCUUGGGGAGCUUUUAAGGACUGCAGUUAAAGGAAAGUGAGAGAAGUACAAACCUGAAAGCUGAGCACAGCUUGAAGUUGUCCUUAGUGUGAGCGCUGGAGGUAAAUGACCAUUUCCUGUGAGUCUGAAAUGGUGCUUUCACUUUCUGACCUCCUCUGGGGCUGCAGCACCAGGGCAGAGCGGGCUCCUGGCUCGUACUCAACUCAAAUAUGGAUUUAUAUUAAAAGGCAAAACCAGGCGACACUGAGAUUAACUCAGAAACUGAGUUCAUCUCCUGUGGUUUGCUGAGAUCUGACUCACUUUAGUGUUAUUUUAGAAAGAAACUGCUGCAGUAUGUUUGAGGACUGAUACCUCUAUCCCUGCUUUUGGAAGAGGGACAGAGGGUGAGGAUGAAGUUCUGUAAAUUUUACCUGACUUCAGUGGAGCUGAAAAUUCACCACUAUUACAAUAUUAUUUAAUAUAUUGUCAUUGAUGAUUAUUGAAUUUAGAGAGAUUUAACUGAGCACAAACUAUUUUAUAAAAGUUUCUUUGUUUUUUUUUUUUUUUGUGUAGCUGGUUUGUGAGAGUCAAUCUCCAAUGUAAGGUUGCCUUGUUCUGUCAUCUGUUGGUAAAUGAGCAUAAAACAGUGCUAAGAAAGUGCAGAGUUGUGACCAGUGCUAAAAAAUGCCAUUUUUUGUUUUAAUUGGAAAAAAGUGGGAAGCUUACACAUGUCCAGCAUCAACACGUGUCAGUAAAUUCAAGAACCUGCAUGUUGAGUUUGUAAUUGCUUUUUAGCAGGCCUGUUUGACUUGCAAGUGUAGAAAAUAAAGUUAUUUCCAGUCUCUGUGAAUUAUUAUAAGAAUUAAUAGCUCUGAAUGUGAUUUCUGAAUUAGUGUGUAGGAAUUUCAUUAUCCUGGAGAUUGACCAAGCGUCCAGUGAACAGCAAAAUCAAAGAAUACAUCAAAGGGAAGCAGUGAUUAGAAGGGAGGCCUGCAAGUUUAAAAUCAUGUUCAAAACACAUGACCUGUUUUAGAACUAACUUUUAGUUCCAGCCGGUCAGAUUAAUGAAGAGAUUGCACGAAAUAUACUUGAUACUUCUUUUCUGAGUGGAGCAAAAUAAGAUGAAGAGACUUUUCAGAAAUGGAGACUAGACAGGUCUAGCUAUUUAUUUGAGCUUGGUUGAACAAAAACAUGUCUCUGAAUUAAGGAGGCAAACCAGCAACACAGAAAUCUGGGUUGUGUGUAUAAAGAUAACCAAACCAUCAUUUUCUGAAUGAGGCAGAAUUCCAGCUAAUUCUGGAUUCCUGAACAAGACUUUUCUCAAAGCCCAGCACCAGAAUGGCUUGAAAUGUUGGUGGGGCUUUGUCUGUUCCAUUGCUCCUGUGGAGUUUACAUCCAUCCAUCAGUCUGUUUGAGGUUCUGUGGAUUCCUUUGACAGGUGGAAGCUCCAGGCUGAUCAGCCACAUGUUUGUGAACUCCUUCUCAUCCUGGUUGUCCCAGAUAAUCCUCCAGACAUGUGUUAUGUGCUGUCCUGAUCUGACUCUCCAUCUCCACUCAAGCCUUAAUGUCUCUUUUCUUCUUCUGUCCCAGCCUUGCUACAGGAAGAGUCUGGAAAGGUGAAAGCAAUUUUUUAGGGCAGAAAUCAUCACUUUUCAGGGAAUCAUCAGCAUUUCCCAAAGCAGUGUAGCCAAAUCUUGUACCGAUAUAUUUAUAAAGCUGUACCUUCAGUCACACAGACUGGGUGCAAAAUGCUGAAUUACUUUUGCUCUUGCGAAAUGAUUUGGGGUUUUUAAGUUAAUUGAAGUGAUGGAUUGUAGGAGCAGAUGUACAAUAGUAACUCUUCUUAAAUGUGGCUAAUUGUGGUCAGUUGGUUUCUAAAUAAAAGUGUUCUAGAAAUUAAUCUACUGUAUGCAUUUUAUAGUGCAUGUAAAGCUCAUCUCAUGAGAGCUUUGUUUUCUAACAGCAUUAAAAUAAGAAUGGAAACUAAAUUAACAUGUGAGCCUAAGUUCAGCAUGUGUUAAUGCUCUCUGUAUUGAUACAGUACAAUCUUAACUCUGGAAAUGGCCUUACUGCUCAUCUCAGACAAGUAGCAGCUCAGCAGCUUUCUGGCUGUAUUCUUUCUGGUUAUGUUUUACUGUUUUGAUGUUUAUUCAUUUCCUUAUUAUAACUAUUCCCAUCAGAUUUUUGUGCUUCCCAUCAGUUAUUUCCACUUCACUUUUGACACAUAAUACAUGCGUCUGCCAAAAGUCCUGCUGAGAGAUUGCUAUCAGGACAAAAGAAAGUGUUGGAAAGUCUGUUAAGUAGUGAGAAGAGAGCAGAGUCCACAGGGACAGUCAGUCUGCAACCUUUGUGCUGCAGAAAAAGCAGGAUUUAUUUAUAAUUUAGUCCGCUGCAGGCUUAAAUAAAUGUGUCAGAUUUCAUUCAUUUCCCUUUGUCUGUGACAUCUGAUUGUCAUUGUCCAGGAAGAAUCAAUGGGGCAUUGUAGAGCAGAAAAAGAAAUGAAGGGCAGUGCAGAAAGCUUGAGCUGAGGAAUGAAAUCACAUGAAUUCUCUUGGAAUUCUCACUCCAUGUCUGCACAGGAGCAGGAAAGUGGAGGCUGAAUGGGACUUUCAAAAAGUGUUUGUUGCUUCUCUCCUGUCUCCUCCAGGCUGGAGCAGAGCAAGGACACAUCCACUACCCCAAGAGCAUCCCUCACUGUGUGCAUUCAUCUCUAACAAAGCUCCUUGGACUGAUUCUGUGCAGUAAAUACUGAAAUACUGAAAGUUUUUUAUAUCCUCUGUCUAAUUUUCAUGCUUUUGGUUGCAAGUGACCCUGCUUUGGUGGGUCCUGCCCAUGCAGGUUCAGUCCAGCACUGAGGUUCCUCUUUGCAGCAGCACCAGACCUUUUUGGAGACUGUUGCCAUCUCAACCUGCUGUGUUUUUUCUAAACUAACAAAUCCCUAUUUCCAAAAUGUGUGUUUUUAAGAUAAUUUAUUGAGCUUUCUUAAGUAUUGUCCCACUGAUCCACUUCUUUAGUGUUUGCCCUAGUGCCAGCUGCUCCAGUAAUAGAAGCAAUAAUUAUUUCAGUGUUUUACAUUGGCAAAUCAAUGUUACUUUUUCAAAAUUAUAAUCACUAUUCUACCUGAUUUCUCUGUUUAACAGAGAUCCCUCUUUGCUGUUUAUUUAUCACACUUCAGUAAAAUAUGGUGGAGCUCCAACCCUCACUGUCCCAGCAGACAGAAUUUUUCUCUCCUUAACUGCUCUGAACCUGCAACCACCAGAUGGCAUUUCCAGCCUGCACAGGUCAUUGCAGCAUUUAAGUUAUUUAUUGUCUGAAUAUCCAAAUUUUCUGAGUCUCUUUUAUUAACAUCUCACUCUAAUUUUUUACUCUGCUUUUAAUUGGGGUCUAUAAAAAAAAUAAUUGUCAGGUGGGGUUGACAAAGUUCAGUGGUGUUUCAGUUAAGCACAAAUUUGUUAAAAAUCAGGAUUAAAAGCUGUUUCAAGACGAAUAGUCUUGAUUUUAUAACACUGAAUUUAUUAGAUGUGUUAUACUACCAGUAAAUUACUGAAAUGAAGAUCCAUAGGACAAUUACAGAGGGGUCAGCUGGCAGAUUUACCUGUCCCCAAAUGCUUCUGGUGCUGCUCCUUUCCAUGCUCCAACCAAAUGUGCAGGACAUUCAUAACAUCUCAUGUGCAUUGUUUGUCUGCUUUCUCCAUAUCCCUCUUUCAUUCUUAACCUUAUUUUGAUACCAGGAUUCCUUUCUCACCUCUGCCACAGAAUGAUGUCAAAAUAAGUUUUCUAAUAGUGAAAUAAGAGGUCAGGAGACUGCAACACUUCAUUGCCAAGGGCUCUGCAACCCAUUUGUUUUGUCUCUGUUGCCCAAGGUGAAAGCAAAGACACAUCAGCUGAAAAAGCAAGGUUCCCAAUUUGAAAUUAAUUAUUAUUUUUCACACAAAUACAUUACCCAGAAACCUGGAGGAGGCCUGUCAGCAGCUGCUAUGUGUGUCCUCAAAUUGAGAUUGUCCUCAUCUCUGAAAUUUUUGCAGUCCAUAAAAUCCCAGAUGUGUUGAACAUUCUCCUUCCUAAGGUGGCUGUGGUAAAAGGAGUGAAAAACUGCUUUUCCUGGGCAGGGAUAUCUGCCACGAGACCAGGCAGCCCAGAGCCCCAUCCAGCCUGGCCUUGGAUCAUUCCUGACACCCCUCACCUCAAAUCAACCCAGGUGAUCCUCUCAAACCUCCUGUCUUCAGGGAGUUUUCAUCCUCUAUUCGCCCAGUUUACUGGGAUGGAUAUAUUCCAGGAAUCCAGUGCAGUGUGAUGAAAUUGGAGCGUCUGCAUCUUCUUUGUGUCAGAUUUUAAUACAUUAAAUCUAUAUUUUUCUUUUACUGCCUUGGAUUGUAAAAUAAAAUAGUAUUAUACACUUUGGGGGGAAAAGUAGAACAAUUAAAUAGAAAAAUGAGAUUUGCUAAAAUUAAAAAUGGACAUUCCUGAAAAGACAGAACUGUCCU